AUGAUCUCGAAAAAAUUAUCUGAAAUGGAAGAACAACAAUUGCACAGCAAUGAUGAACGAGGUCGUCUACGUACAGAAAAUGCUGUGCUCACAGAACGAGUUCAUGUGUUAGAAGAGCAAAUGCUGAAUCGAACUCGAGAACUUUUACAACGAAUGGAAAGAGAGAAACAAUUAGAGACGGAGAGUCUCACACUCAAAUAUCAGGAAGCGGACAAAGCUCGAGAAGAGACGCAAAAGAUGCAAGCAACUGUAGAAGAACUGCGUGGGCAGCUGACUGAGAGUAAACUGCUGGUGGAAGACCUUGAAGAAGAGCGAAUCAAGCUGGAAAGGCAAUUCAAGAGGUUUAAAGAGGAAGCUCAACAAGAUAUUGACAGCAGCUCGGAGAUGGUCGAGGUGCUCACCCAACAGACGGAAGAAUUGCGUCGAAAUGGACCUCCACGGCAAGGAUCCAUUGUUGAACAGGUAGGGAAAGCUCGCGCCGAUAUUCGCGAUUUGCAGCGCGAACGCGACGAUCUGCAAGCUCAGCUGUUGGCGGCCAGCGUGGAAAGAGGACGAAGUCUGCUUGCCGACGAACCCUCCCUGGCCGAUGAGCUUAUGAGUGGAGGUAGCGAUACUCAACAGGUAUGUGCUAACUCCUUGCUUAUUUAUAUAUGGGUUAUUUUUCACUUUGGGUAUUCACCAAGUUUAGAUAUUGGAAGCACUUCGCGAACAAGAAGUAUGCAAUCAGAAAUUGCGGGUAUAUAUCAAUGGCAUUCUAAUGCGAGUUAUUGA